AUGUAUCGAGUAACAACGCCGGUUUUGCGCGGCUUAUUUGCCUCGUCUUUCUCCCAGAGCUUUUCUCCUGUUCUCGUUUUUUGUUUGGGUUUAUGGUGGAUAGAAUACAUAAAGAUGUCUUACCAUCAGAUGUACAGACGUACUACUCUUGGUAACACUCUGCAGGAAGCCCUUGAAGAAAUGAUUGCUCUGAAGCUUAUUCAGCCCAAAACUGCUGUUAAAGUUAUCCAGAAGUUCGAUCAAUGUAUAAGCUUGGCUUUAGCUCGACGUGUAAAAAACCGGUUACUAGUACGCGGGCACCUAAAUGCCUACCGAUUUUGUGAUAAUGUUUGGACAUUCGUGAUGAAUGACGUAGAGAUCAAGGAUGCAUCCACCGUUCUUGUUGUUGAUAAGGUAUAUAGAUUCUGA